AUGACCCGAGCGAAUAGCAGCUUGAGCAGGCUGCUGCUGCACGCGGCCGUGGCCGCCGCGCUCGCGGCCGCCGCGCUCGGCGACGGCAUACCCGUCGACGGCGACCCCCACCAGCUGCGCGGCGCUGACGGGGAUCCCCUUGGGCUGCGCCACGCGGGCGCCGGCCCCUGCAACGUUGAUGGGCAGCUGCUCGAUCUGGUCCAGGUCCCCGACCCCCAGAGCUGCAACCAGUACUUUGUGUGCUGCCAGGGGCAGGCCGUGCACUACGCAUGCAGGGUGCCGUCCUCCCCCAUGCCCUACAUGGCCUACUCUGAUGCCACCGCCACCAACAGCUACUACUCACCCAUCACCGGCGGCUGCACCAGGGUCCAGGGCUUGCUCAGCACCCUCAGCAUGUCCUGCCCCGCGGCCGGGGCGACGCCGGUGACGACGGAGUGGGCGGAGCAGGUGUGCGCGGCAGUCACCAAGUUCAACACCCCCCAGGCUCCCGCCGUCCCAGCCGCGACACCUGGCGCAGUGCCCGCCGCCAUUUCAGCCCUGGCAAACGCUGUGACGAACGGCCAGGCGCCCGCCCUCCCAGCCGCGGCAGCCGGCGUGGUGCCCGCCAUCUCAGCCCUCGCAAAUGGACAGGCGCCCGCCCUCCCAGCCCUCGCAAACGGCCAGGCGCCCGCCAUCCCAGGCCUGACGAACGGCCAGGCGCCCGCCAUCCCAGCGCUUGCAAACGGCCAGGCGCCUGCCCUCCCGGCCUUGAUCCCAAAUGUCUCCCUGGCAAACCUCACAUCAGCAGCCGCCGCCGUCGUCCCCAAGACCCGCGGCUUGGUCCCCCUCCCCACACUCGGCGGCCGCCGCGGCGGCCCGGCGGCUUCCGCCGACGCCGUCGUUGACACAGCGUCAGAGGCCGCCGACACGUUUACAGAGGAUGCCGGCGCUGACGACAUGAGCGGCGCUGACAUGGCCUCGGCGGAGACGCGGCACGACACCCCCGCCGCGGGCAACAACGGCAAGCCCGCCGCCGCGGCCAACGGCACGAGCGUUGGCAACGGCACCGCCCCCGCCGCCCCCGCCGCGGCGGCAGCUGCCCAGAAGCCGCAGGAGAAGCCGCAGGAGAAGCCGAAAGAGAAGCCGAAGCCGCUGCCCCCGCGGGUGUCGGUGACGCGGCCGCUCAACUUGCUGGCCGGCGCCCUCGCGGCACUGCAGCCCCUGAAGGGCGGCCCCGAAGUCACCGGCCUCUGGCAGCUGCUGACGGCGCCCAACGGCCUCUCCAGCACCGGGGUUGUCGCCAUGCACGCCGCCCUCAUCCCUGCGACCGACCAGGUGCUCUUGUGGUCGCGCCGCCUGCCAAAUGGCGUGGCCCCUCAGCCGGGCAUGUCGCCCAACGGCCGCGGCGAGGUGUCGAGCAUCUAUGAUACUGUCACAGGCACAUACGCGGCGCAAUUCUGGACAUCGAACUUUGAGUUUUCAUUUGACCUUUGA